AUGAGCGACAAGGAAAUCAAGGAAGGAGACCAGGUCUCAUGGCAGUGGUCUGGCAGCCGUCCUGGCGGCACCGUCUCGGAGAUUGCCAAGGAGGGCGAACUCUCAAUUGAGACCAAAAGAGGCAACGAAGUCAAGAAGAAUGCCGACCCGGAAGAUCCUGCUGUCAAAAUCUCCCGCUCAGGCAACGAUGUUGUCAAGCGUGCCCACGAACUCGACGUGGAGAAGGAAGGCGACAAGCACAAGGAGGACCAAGGUGAGGAGAAGACGGUGACCAAGGACGAUACCAAGGAGAAGAACGGAGACGACAAGAAGGAAGAGGAUGCAAAGAAGAAGGAGGACGAGAAGGAAGAGAAGAAGGCCGAGAAGGAAGAGAAGAAGGAGGCCGAGAAGGAGAAGAAGGAGUCCAACAAGGCUGACGAGAAGAAAGAAGACGGCGAGGCAAAGACGGGUGAUAAGCGCGAGGCUUCAGAUGAGGCAGCGGAUGAGGAGCCCUCCAAGAAGCAGCAGAAGACAGACGAGGACGGCGAGGAGAACGGCGACAAGAAGAAGCGUGGCCGACCCGCCAAGAAUGGAAACGAGACAUCGACAUCCAAGCCCAAGAAGGAACCCAAGAAGGCAGCAACCGAGUCGGGAGAGCCCAGACGCUCGAGCAGACUCAACUCUAGCUAG